CGUUUCUCUUGGCAACAGCGAAACGCGCAGAAAAGGCAGAAGAGUUGUCUCACCCGGCCUCACACGCGCACAUUCACAGACAGAAUGGCUGGGACUGAGCACGAUCAAGUUGAGGAAACACUGAAGAGGAUCGAAGCCAAUAAAUAUGUGAUUGGAACUAUCGUUGUCAACGCAGAGGGUAUUCCCAUCAGAACAACUUUGGAUAACUCCACCACGGUUGUGUAUGCACAGCUUUUACGCCACCUCACCAUGAAGGCAAGGAACACCGUGAGGGACCUUGACCCUCAGAAUGACAUUUGCUUUCUCCGAAUGCAGACAAAGAAACACAAUAUCUUGGUUGCACCAGAAAACAACUUUCUGCUGAUAGUCAUCCAGAAGCAUGUGAAUAGCCUCCGGACAUUUCCAUGAGAGUCAGCCUUUGUUUUGUGCCAUGAUGGUGAAAAAAAAUGUUUUUACACCGUGUUCUGUUACAGCAUUAUCCCUAAUUGGAACUCAUGUUUGUUGCCUUCCUGAUUCAUUGUUUUACCUUUUUAUGUAGUCAUAUUUCUUUGCUUGUAUUGCUUUGUGUUGAUAUUGAAUAUUACUGUAAAUUAAGCUGCUGGUACAAUUCUUACAAGAUCAUCCAUGUUCAUUCCGAUGGAUGACAAAUGUAAUGGAAACACUCAAUAAAUGGGGGAAAAUAACUAAUGCUGACGCUUCGGUACGGAUUAACAAUUUAAGAAAUAAAUCAGAAUGUAUUGACAAUGCUUACCCAA